AUGGCAAAAUCAUCCCGGCGCUCAGGUCGCGGAAAGACGACAACAACGUUAUCUGGAGCCGCAACACCAAGCUCCGCGUCCUCAGGGCCAAUCCCACCAUUUACCAAAGUCCCCAAAGCCUUACAAUCCUUUGUCGAACCACUCUCCCCCGACGAAGUAUAUUUAGUCCACAUCGACAUCACAGCAGAGGAACUGAAGCGGCAAACCUUCACCGUACCCCUCAUCGUCAAUCUGGUAGUAGCAGCUGUGAUUGGCCUACGGGUGUACUUGGGAAUCAGCACAUAUCCAGCUCUUAUCGCUACUCUAAUCGGGCUCCAAAGUUCCAUGGCUGUAGACAUGGCAGCUACCCCGUGGACAGACGCAGUAAAGAUCAUCUUGCGCCGGACAGGAACUAUAUGCAUUGACUACUUCCUCGUGACUCUUUUGUGGUCGUGGCCUGUUAAUUUCAUCAGAGGGCCCGUGCUCUGGCGUCGUGCCAUCGGCUUCCGUGAGGGUGAGGUCAUUGUUCGCCGCAGUAACCACAGCUGGAGCAAGGAGCUCGAGCGCAACAGGUGGAUCCGAGAGGACGAGGUGCAUCGCGAAAAGAUCGUUGCCGCUGUGACUCCUGAGAAAAUAGGAAAAACGGGUUACUUGCUCGUGGAUGAGGAUUGGAAUUUAGAUUACGCGGCUAUGGUUCGCGCUCAUGCUCUUAUUGAUCAUACUCGCAGAGGCGAUGGUGUACAGAUGGAUGAAUUCCGCACUGCAGUGCUGGUCAACACCGAUGCUGAUGGUUGGUUGAUCUGGCGUGUCGGCGAUGAGAAUACCCCCAUUGACGAAAAACGAUCCGUUCAGCGCGACCAGAUUCUCGCCUUCAAGGACAAGUUGGCCGAGAUGGGCAAGGAGGAUCUCUUUCUCCGUUGGGUCGAGCUAAUCCAAUGGGAAAGCUCGCAGCCCGGUGGCUUCACUGCGGAACGACAACGGUCUGCGAUGCUGCAAGCGAAGCAGAUGUUCGAAGAUGAGAAAGUGGAUUUCAGUCAAUUCUGGGACGACAUGGGCGGCAUGGAAGGCAUAGAAGGAUUAAACUAG